AUGUCUUCAAAAGACCUUUGGAAGUCGUCCAAGUUCAGCGACUGUACGGUUUCCUGCGAAGGGCAAACUUACGAUGUACACAAGUGCAUUAUAUGUGCGCGGUCCCCGGUCAUGGAGGCGGCUUUCUUUGGUAACUUCAAGGUAGGAUUUUCUUUCUGGAGAUGCGGUAGUUCUUAAGAAAGACUCCACUAAUACGGAAAUAAAGGAAGCUGUGCACGCACACCUUCAUAUAGACGAGUAUGAGCCUGUGGUAAUCGAAGCUAUGUUGGAGUAUAUCUAUACUGAUAUUUAUACCUGUUCGGACUCCACUGCUAGCCAGGCCAUUUUCCAUAUGGAUGUCAACGCGGUUGCCGAUUACUAUCAAAUCGACGGUCUCUUGAAGCUAUCCGAAGAUAAUCUCGGGGACUUCUUAAGUGCAUUAACGCACGCAGAACAACUUCCUGUCAUUGUUAAGGCAGCUACAGAAAAGCAAGUCGAUCGAAAGUUACAGUCCUUAGUUGCAUCGGCCUCAGCAAAAUUCAUGGAAUCGCUUAUCGAUAAUCCGGACUUUACGUCACUAGAUCUUCCCAACGACUUCAGAAAUCUCGUCUUUCAAGCGUGUGCAUCCCAGAUUGCCCACAUGAAAUCAGCGACAGCUGAAGUCCAGGCCAAGCUUAACGCGAGCCUUCAGUCUUGCAAUUGGGCACUUAGGAAACAUCAACUUCCGAGGCUUGA